AUGGGAGUUUGUCAGUCCUAAAAAAAUUCGUCGCAAUUGAAACGAAGCGGAGCCUAGUAGUUUAUUUUCAUUGACUUUGACAAAUUAAAGAAAUAUAAUGAGGAACGACAGAACCUUGACAAAAACAAUGGUCAAUAGCAAUCCUUCUGUUAGAUUAUUUGCUUGGAUAAUAAUAAUAAUAAUAAAAGCUCUAAUCCUCAAACCUAAACAUACAAUAAUGUUUAGACCUAAUAAAUUGAAAUUAAAAAAGAGUGA